AUGUUGUCAUGUGGAGGGGAAAACAAAGAUGCAUGUGUGCUGAAUCAUACCGAACCAGUGUGUGGAAUUCUCGGUUUACUCCUUCAUGACCCUUUGGCCACUCAGACCAAUCUUGCAGGUACUGAGAUUGCUGAGGGUCUCUCACUCCUUCAACACCGAGGUCAAGAUGCAGCUGGUAUCGUUACCUGCGGGUCAGGUGGUAGAUUUUACCAAGUAAAAGCCAACGGAAUGGUUAGAGAUGUAUUCGAUUCUUCGGCCGUUGCUGGUUUGAAAGGUUGGAUGGGUGUCGGUCAUGUUCGAUACCCCACUGCUGGAAGUUCAGCUCAUGCUGAAGCUCAGCCUUUCUACGUUAACUCUCCUUAUGGUAUUGUCUUUGCUCAUAAUGGUAACAUUGUUAAUACACCUUCCCUUCGACAAUUCUUAGAUGUUGAUGCUCAUAGACAUAUCAACACUGACUCCGACUCUGAAUUACUCCUCAAUAUCCUCGCCAACAAUCUACAAAAGACCGGUAAAUUCCGUAUCAAUGAAGAAGAUAUCUUCACUGCUAUUGGAGAUUUAACCAAAACUUGUAUUGGUGCAUACGCAUGUGUCGCAAUGAUCGCGGGUUUCGGUUUGAUCGCUUUCAGGGAUCCAAAUGGGAUUAGACCUGUAGGAAUAGCAACCAGAAAAGGUACAAGAGGUGGAACAGAUUAUUUAGUAGCAAGUGAAAGUGUUGUAGCUCAGGGUUUGGGUUUCACAGAAUGGGAAGAUGUCAAAGCCGGCGAAGCAAUCAUUAUCACUAGAAACAACAUUGUCAGAAGACAAGUCGCUCAACCUCAAACUUUCGCACCGGAUAUCUUUGAACACGUUUAUUUCGCUAGACCUGAUUCAACUCUAGAUGGUAUAUCAGUGUAUAGAUCAAGAAUGAAGAUGGGUGAUCUAUUAGCUGAAACAGUCAAGAAGGAGUUGGCGAAAGCAAAUAUCAAAAUCGACGUUGUAAUCCCUGUUCCUGAUACAUCAAGAACAGCGGCAUUGAACUGUGCUCAAGCUCUCAAUAUCCCUUAUAGAGAAGGUUUCGUCAAAAACCGAUAUGUUGGAAGAACUUUCAUCAUGCCUGGUCAAACUCAAAGACGAAAGAACGUUCGAAGAAAACUUAAUGCUAUGCCUGAAGAAUUCGCUGGCAAGACUGUCAUGCUCGUUGAUGACUCGAUUGUAAGAGGAACCACUUCAAGAGAGAUCGUUCAAAUGGCCAAAGAAGUCGGUGCUAAGCGAGUCAUAUUCGCUUCGUGUGCCCCGCCCAUCCGAUUCCCUAAUGUAUACGGUAUUGAUAUGCCCUCGCCAACGGAAUUAAUUGCUCAUGACCGAACAACCGAGGAGAUUGCAGCACAUAUCGGGGCGGAUUUGGUCAUCUUCCAAACUCUAGAAGACCUGGUUGAAUCAUGUCGACAGUUCAAUCCGUCUAUCACAACCUUUGAUUGUUCAGUCUUCACCGGGGAAUACGUUACCGGAGGAGUCGACACUAGGUAUUUAGAACAUUUGGAGAAAUUGAGAAAUGAUAAAGCAAAAGCGAAGAAGAUAGGUCAAACGGUAGAGCAAGCCGAAGCUACUGAAGGUGGAUGUAGUGGCCCCAUGAACGGAUCAGAUUCUUUGAUAUCCAUUCAACGAUCAGAUUCAAUCAUGGGUCUAUCUAAUCAUUCACCUAAGAUUGGAGCUACCGGCAUGCCUUCUCCAAACGAUACAAUUGGUUUACAUAACUCAUGGUAUGGCCAAUAG